AUGAGUAAAGAGCCCAUGUCAAAACGUCAGCUGGGAUCAGGGUUCACCUGGGCUGCGGCCCCUAAGUUGCGGCCGAUGCGGGGCCAGUCUCUAAUGGAGGGGGAGAGACUGUAUCUCAAGUGUGAGGCGUCAGGGAACCCCAGCCCCUCCUUCCAGUGGUACAAAGAUGGCCGAGAGCUCCAGAGGGGAAAAGACGUCAAAAUCAAGACCAAUAAAAAAAAUUCCAAGGUCCAGAUCAACCGAGCGAGGCUGGAAGAUUCUGGGAACUACACGUGUGUGGUUGAGAACACGCUGGGCCAAGAAAACAGUACGAGCGGCAUCAGCAUCCAGAGCCUGACCACUACUCUGUCUCCGGGCUCGAGUCACGCCCGGCGCUGUAACGACACAGAGAAGUCGUACUGUGUCAACGGUGGAGACUGUUAUUUCAUACACGGUAUAAACCAACUGUCAUGCAAGUGUCCAAAUGACUAUACAGGUGAUCGCUGUCAAAAAUCCGUCAUGGCAGGUUUUUACAAGCAUCUUGGAAUUGAAUUUAUGGAGGCAGAGGAGCUGUACCAGCGACGGGUGUUGACCAUCACAGGCAUCUGUGUGGCACUGUUGGUAGUGGGCAUGGUCUGUGUGGCGGCAUACUGCAAAACCAAGAAGCAGAGGAAGAAGAUGCAUGGCCACCUGAACCAGAACAUUAACCAAAACCAGUGUGUGGAGCAGCCCAACCGCAUGCUGGCUAACGGUCCCAACCACCCUGGGCCAGGCCCUGAGGAGAUCCCCAUGGUCGACUACAUCUCAAAGAACGCUCCUACCACAGAGUGUAGUAUUAUACAGCAUGGACCAGAAGAAUCCGUAAACUUCUCAGGAAGCCGAAUGUCCACCAGAUCCCACCACUCAUCGACAGUCUCCCACAACUCCAGACAUGAGGAGCGGACGUGGAGUAUAGAGAGGACAGACAGUAUGAACUCAGACUUCCAGUCAGGGGCGCUCUCCUCGUCAGUGGGCACCAGUAAAUGCAGCAGUCCGACAUGUAUGGAGGCACGGGCACAGAGGGCCGCCUACUGGGGCUGUUCUGAGGGAGCCAGCCUGCAGUAUGGAGACUCCUACGACUCUCUGAGAGAUUCACCUCACAGCGACAGGUAUGUGUCAGCGUUGACCACGCCAGCCCGUCUGUCACCCGUUGAGUUCCACUACCCCCCGCUGUCCCCCCAGGUGCCCACCUUCCACAUCACCUCUCCCAACACGUGCCACGCCCUCGCCCUGCCGCCUGCCGCCGCAGCCUACCACCGGGAGGAUGACCAGCCCCUGCUGAGAUUCCCCCAGGAUGGACUGUUGUACCGACAGCCCCGCCGCCCACGCCAACCCUACCUAACGGAAAGCACGGGCAGCCUUCCGUCCAGCCCCUACCGUCUCCCUGACGACGAGGCCUACGAGACCACGCAGGAGUACGCCUCCUCCCGCGAACCAAUCAGGAGCCGCCGGCGCCCGCGUCGAAACCGCCUCAACGGACACUUCUCCCAGCGUGCAAUGGGCCUACGGGACUACAGCUCUCAGAGCUUCAGCCAAUCAGAAGAGGAGGAGGAGGAAGAGGAAGGGCACGGGGAGAGCACGCCCUUCCUCAGUAUGCAGAACAUGAACAUGGAGCCGUGCGAACGUGGGUGCCGAUCAUCUACUGCCCCUGGCACCACCACUGACAUACGGACUCACCGGGCACAGGGGCGACCAAGCACUCGCAGCAACGGACACAGUAAAUUCCCCCAGUCGCGCUCCUUGACACAUGGCAACACACCCCUUUAAGACCUGUCCACCUUGACCACUGACCUCUAACCCCUGACCCCAAAACCUUUGACCCACCUAAAGACAACAGUGGAGUAGAGACAUAUUUUUAUUUUGUAUAACAGACAGAUAUUCUAAACAAAUGAAAUAUUUAUUUUCAUUUUAGCAAAAAUUGUCUACUAGCUAACAGCAAAUACUUUUUUUAUAGGGGAAAAAUAUUUAUAUGUAAAGUUUUUGAUUUACAGCAUUAUGAGAGAGAGAAAAAAUUAUUCCGUGCCAAUUCUUUCACGAGUUAGUCAAUAGAAUAAUAUUGUGGUGCCUUUUGCUGUGUGCUGAAGCCAGAGGUCCAGUUGAGUUUUUGUAGCCUUUCUAAUACAGACUCCUCAUUUUAUAGACCUCUUUAUUUUGACUUGCUCUGAUUUAGGAUCUCCCUGUUUGAACUGUGAUAUGAUUCUGGCAUCAUGCAAUAUGAGUCACCCCUGUGUAACGGUUUAUGUUUACAUGAGAAUGAUCCACAUACAGUUGUUUUUUUCACGGGGGACAUUUAUCACAAACGCAACUGGAUGUGGUGUCCUGUCCUGGUACAGGAAGUGAUGCGCUAGUUUUUGACGAGUCGCUCCAACUAACUUACAUCGGUCAUUCAUGUCAUCAUCCGCCGCCUGUCAUAGAGGAAUGCAGGUGAUCCAAGGUAACUUCACAGGUGUUCAGGGUUUUUAAAUGGGCGGAGUGUGUGUGUGUGUGUGUGUGUGUGUGUGUGUGUGUGUGUGUGUGUGUGUGUG